AUGAAUCAAAUGAUGCUGCACCAGAAACAAAUUAUACAGGCCUUUGGGAAUAAGAGAGAAGAGGGACAGCUACCUAGUCAGCCCAUAAAAAAUUCAGGGAACUGUCCAACAAUAGGAUUUCAGCAAGGGGAGUCUAGUAGCAUGAAUCUAGGAAAAAACCCACGAAAUGAAAAUGUUAGGACAGUGAAUACAUUAAGGAGUGGUAAGAUCUUACCUAAUCCUUAUCCCCAAACAUUAGAAGAAAAAGAAAAUGUGGACAACCCAAAACAAAAUCAAAUAGGAGUAGAAGAGGAUUUUAUAGAUUCUACCAAGAAAAUUUCGAAAGAGAGGACAACCAUUCCAUUUCCUAAAGCUCUAGAGCCUAGACAAAGAAAGAAAAAGGAACACAAUGAAGAAAUAAAGAAAAUUUUACAAGAUGUGCAAAUUAGUCUUCCUUUACUCACUGCCAUUGAACAUAUUCCUGAAUAUACUAGAGUUUUGAAAGAGAUGUGUACACCAAAAAGGGCACCUAGAGUAGAAAAAUUAUCUAUGCAUGCUAGUGCAUUAUUAUUAAAUCAAUUACCAUAUAAAUUGAGAGAUACAAGUGUCCCUUUAAUUUCGUGUGAUAUUGGUGGAUCCAUUUUUCAGAAUGCAUUACUUGACACCGGUGCUAGUAUUAAUUUAUUACCUGUAAGUAUUUGUGAUAAAUUUAAUAUUUCUGAUAUUAAACCUUCUACUAUUACCUUACAAUUUGCUGAUAGAUCCAUAAAACAUCCUAAAGGUAUUUUAGAAAAUGUGAUAGUGAUAGUUAAAGGGUGUAAAUUUCCAGCUGAUUUUGUAGUGCUGGAAAUGGAUUUUAAUGGACAGUUUUAUGAUACACCAAUCAUCCUAGGGAGACCAUUUUUGCAUACAGCAAAGAUGAAUAUUGAUUUUUCCACAAGUAUUACGAAAAUUUCAUGUGGAGAUCAAUCAGUAGAAAUUAAAAUUUUUGAGGUAUCAAAUGAUCUUAAGAAAUCCCAAGUAUAUGAUUGUCAUAUCAUAGAUCUUCUAGAUGAUUUUGAUGAUCCAGAUGUUAUUGAUGACUGUGUGCUGGAAGAAUUAGAGGAAAUAGAGAAUAUAAAUUUGGAAGAAAAGAAAGAGGAAGAUCAUCUGAAUUUAGAGUUGAAACCUCUUCCCUCUAGUUUAAAAUAUAUGUUUUUGGAGGAAAAUAAUUCAUUUCCUGUUAUUAUUGCAGCUGAUUUGAGUGAUGAACAGGAAGAAGAAUUAUUAGAUGUACAUCGAAAAAAUAAGAAGGCUAUGGGCUGGAAAAUAGACGAUCUAAGGGGCAUUGAUAUGAGUAUAUGCAUACAUAGUAUAUAUCUAGAGGAGGGGGCUAGAACUAGCAAGGAACCACAACGAAGAUUAAAUCCUAACAUGAUGGAAAUUGUAAAAAAAGAAAUUUUAAAGUGGCUGGCUGUUGAUAUUAUUUAUCCUAUUUCAGAUAGCAAAUGGGUUAGUCCUACACAAAUAGUGCCAAAAAAAUCAGGGAUCACGGUUAUAAAAAACGAAAAUGGGGAUGAAAUACAAACAAGAUUAACUACCGAUUGGAGGGUUUGCAUUGAUUAUAGAAAAUUAAAUUUAGUUACUAGAAAAGAUCAUUUUCCCCUACCAUUUACUGAUCAAAUUCUAGAAAAAUUAGCUGAAAAUUUAUUUUUUUGUUUUCUAGAUGGAUACUCUGGUUAUAAUCAAAUUUAUAUAAACCCUUUAGAUCAAGAAAAAACAACUUUCACUUGUCUAUUUGGUACUUUUGUUUUUAAACGCAUGCCUUUUGGUUUGUGUAAUACUCCAACCACAUUUCAAAUAUGUAUGUUGUCUAUUUUUUCUGAUAUGAUUGGAAAAUGCAUGGAAAUUUUAAUGGACGAUUUUUCUGUUUUUGGUGAAUCAUUUGAUGAAUGCUUAAAUCAUUUACAGCAUGUACUUGAGAAAUGCAUAGAGAAAAAAUUAGUUUUGAGUUGAGAGAAAUCACAUUUUAUGGUUAGAGAGGGAGUUGUGUUGGGUCAUAUUGUGAGUGAAAGUGGUUUAGAGGUGGAUAGAGCAAAAAUUGAUAUUAUAUCUAAAAUAAAACCUCCAAAUUCAAUAAAAUAGAUUAGAACUUUCUUGGGUCAUGCAGGUUAUUAUAGAAAAUUUAUUUAAGAUUUUUCAAAAAAUUCUAAACCUCUCACCAUGCUAUUAUCUAAAGAUGUGCCUUUUAAUUUUGAUGAGAAAUGUUUUGAGUCUUUUUCUGAAAUAAAAAGAUUACUUACUGAGGCACUUAUUUUACAAGCUCCUAAUUGGUCCCUUCCUUUUGAAAUAAUGUGUGAUGCAUCAAAUUAUGCAGUGGGGGCCAUUCUAGGACAAACAAAAGAGUCAAAACCCAUAGUAAUUUCAUAUGCUAGUAAAACUAUAUCCGAUGCUCAAUUAAAUUAUACCACGACUGAAAAAGAGUUGUUAGCUAUAGUAUUUUCAUUAGAAAGGUUUAGAUCAUAUAUUUUGGGAGCUAAAAUUAUUAUUUAUACUGAUCAUGCAGUAUUAAAAUAUCUGUUAAAUAAGAAAGAUGCAAAGCCACAUUUAUUAAGAUGGAUUUUAUUGUUAUAGGAAUUUGACUUAGAAAUAAAAGAUAAAAAAGGUUUCACGAAUGUUGUUGCUGACCAUCUUUCUAGAUUAAGUGAUACAGGAAUAAAUGUAGCACCUUUACAAGAUGCAUUUUCAGAUGAACAAUUGAUGGCAGCUCAACAUCAACCAUCACCAUGGUAUGCACAUAUUGUUAAUUUUCUGGUUUCUAGAAAAACUCCAGAAUAGUGGGAUAAGAAUAGAAAACAUCAUUUCUUUUCUAAGAUUAGAAAUUAUUUUUGGCAUGAUCUUGAUUUAUAUUAGUUGGGCAAUGAUCAAAUUUUAAGGAGAUGUAUUCCUGAAGAAGAAUAUCAUAACAUUAUUAACAUGUGCCAUUCAUCUAAUUGUGGAGGACAUUUCUCUGGACGAAAAACAGCUGCAAAAAAAUUUCAGUGUGGUUUUUAUUGGCCUACAAUCAUUAGAGAUUCUAUAGAAUUUAGUAGAACAUGUAUUUCAUGUCAAUCUAUAGGUAACAUGAGUAAAAAAGAUGAAAUACCCAUGAGUAACAUGUUAGUAGUUAAAAAUUUUGAUGUAUGGGGAAUAGAUUUCAUGGGUCCCUUCCCAUUAGCUGAAAAAUAUGAAUAUAUUUUUCUUGCUGUUGAUUAUGUGUCGAAGUGGGUGGAAGCUAUUCCUACUAGAACUAAUGAUCAUAAAAUCGUAAUGAAAUUUGUGCAGAAAAAUAUUUUUUCGAGAUUUGGAUGUCCUAGAGUAAUUAUUAAUGAUGCAGGAACACAUUUUACAAAUAAACAUUUCAGGGAACUAUUGAAAAAAAAUGGAGUACACCAUAGAGUAGCCACUCCAUAUCAUCCCCAAACAAAUAGGCAAGCUGAAGUAGCAAACAAGGAAAUUCAGAGAAUUUUGAGAAAAAUAGUUAGACUAGAUAGAAAAGAUUGGCCCACAAAAUUACAAGAUGCAUUAUGGGCUUAUAGAACAGCUUAUAAAAAUCCCAUAGGUAUGUCCCCAUUUCGUCUCAUUUUUGGAAAGCCAUGUCAUCUUCCUGUGGAAAUAGAGCAUAAAGCAUUAUGGGCUAUAAAAAAUUUAUGUAUGAAUGAAAAAUCAACUGGUGGGCAUAGAAUUUUUCAGCUACAUGAACUAGAGGAGUUGAGGAAUGAAGCUUAUGAAAAUCAUAGAAUAUAUAAAGAAAAAACUACAACUUUUCAUGAUAAAUACAUUAGCAGAAAAAAAAUUGAUGUUGGACAAAAAGUGUGGUUAUAUGAUUCUAGGCUGAAAUUAUUCCCAGGAAAAGUAAAAUCAAAAUGA